GCGACAAAAAUAUUAUGUUGAUAAACGAUAAUAUGACACAAGUAACAUAGAAAUAGUCAAGAAUAAUAUAAUUAGUGCCAGUUAAUAAUACGUACCUAUUAAAUUGUAAUAAGUGUUUGUAAAUAAAUUUUAACAAAGUGGAUACUACAAAAGGAAACAUGGAAACAUUGCCUGUUACUUUGAUAGUGAAAGCUCCAAAUCAACAAAUUGAAGAUCAAACAGUUAAAUGUGAGCUGUCAUGGACAAUUCAGAAGUUAAAGCAACAUUUAUCCGAAGUGUACCCUAGCAAACCUCCGAAACAUGAGCAAAAACUUAUAUACUCUGGGCAACUCCUAAGUGAUUCCGUAACAUUAAAAGAAGUACUCAGACAGUACGAGGGUCAAGAAACUCACACGGUACACCUAGUAUGCUCUUCAAAAUACACUAAAAGUUUUCAGCAACCUCAUCCAGUAUUACAAACCCCUAGUUCUACGAAUUUAUCAAAUGAAAUGAAUGUUACUAAUACACCAACGCAGACUGAAGUACCUUCACCAAAUGUUGCAGCAGAACAAAAUAUUCCUAAUAUACAACCAAAUAUGCCAUGGGUGUACAAUGUUAAUGGAACACCAGUAGAUGCAAAUCAGUAUGCAAUGCAAGUUGUUUGGAUGCAGCAAGCUUAUCUUCAGUAUAUGACGCAAUAUAUGCAACUGGCAGCCAAUUCUUACGCAUCUGGAGCUCCACCUAUAACAAUUCCCAAUAAUGCUGAACCAGGCGCCCAACCUAAUCCAGCUGAGCAACCAGCGCCAGUCCCAGAACCUGCCCCUGCACCAAGAGACCCAGAAAAUCCAGAAAGAGAUUGGUUAGAUAUUUUCUAUAUGCUUAGUAGAGCGAUGGUUCUGUUUAGUGUCGUUUAUUUCUACUCCAGCCCAAUUAGAUUUAUAUUUGUUUUGUUGCUUGGGUUUGGAUUAUAUCUAUAUCAAAUUGGUUUCUUGAGGAACAUAAAUAAUAACAAUAAUAACAACAACAAUGGCCCACCAGAUCCUGUUCCGGAGGAAGAGCAAGCCCCUUCACGAUUGAUGGUAGUUUGGACAUUUUUUGCCACAUUUUUUGCUUCUUUAAUACCAGAGAUUCCUAAUGCUAUAUAAAAACAUUUCUUUUGAAAA